AUGAACGGUGGUCCUAAUGGGAUGCCCAAGCGGCCCAACUUUCUCUUUAUCCUGGCCGACGACCUUGCAGGCUGCUAUGGCGCCGAGAUUCAAACUCCCCAUAUCGACCGCCUGGCUGCCGAGGGCAUCCGUAUGCUAAAUGUCCAUGCCGCGGCGGCUUGUUCGCCCACACGCGCAAUGCUCCUUAGCGGGACUGACGCGCACCUCGGUGGGCUUGGCGUGUUGAUAGAAUACAAGAAUAGCGAGAAAGGGGCGAGACGAUGGUCCGGUAAAGCAGGGUACGAGGGAUAUCUGAACAAUGACGUGGCGACGUUGCCUGAGAUCCUGACGGAUCAUGGCUAUUUCACCGUCAUGUCAGGCAAGUGGCAUCUGGGGUUGCGUGCGUGUCAGGGGCCUUGGGAACGAGGUUUCCAGAAGGCCUUCGCCAUGCUUCCUGGGUGUUGUAACCAUUACGGUUGGGAGCCAGUGCAGGAAUCCUUCCCGGUUGGUGGUCGGCCCGUUCAUGCUGAAGAGGGGAAAAGGGUUGAAAUACCACCCAACAAGACAGAAGAUCCCGAAGGCUUCUACUCGACCAACUACUACACUAAUCGGUUAAUUAAUUUCCUCGAAACCCGGUCUGAGGUCGAGGCUUCGAAACCUUUCUUUGCUUUCUUACCGUACACCGCACCACAUUGGCCAUUGCAAUGCCCCAAGGCGCAACGUGACAAAUACGCGGGGAUGUACGAUGAUGGCCCACACGCCUUGAGGGGUCGCCGACUGAGAAAGCUUGCUGAGAUGGGAAUCAUAGACAAGUCCGUUGUCCCGCACAAAGUAGAGACAACUACGCAAGGCGUUGGGGAAUGGGAUGAUCUCACGCCAGAGGAGAAGAAGCUCUCAAGCAGGGCUAUGGAAGCAUACGCUGGCAUGGUGGACUCGAUCGACGUCAAUGUUGGCGAAGUGAUAGAUUACUUGAAGAAGACGGGAGAGUAUGACAACACGUUUAUCGUAUUUAUGAGUGACAAUGGGGCGGAGGGCGCUGCACUGGAAGCUGUCCCGGUCAUGGGUGACAACAUAAAACGCGCCAUCCAUCAAUACUAUGACAACUCUUACGAGAAUAUUGGCUCCUGGAACUCGUUCACCUGGUACGGUCAGCUUGGUCCGCUUUGGGCUCAGGCGUCAACCGCUCCAUCGAGGUUGUUCAAAUGCUACCCGUCCCAAGGUGGGAUCCUGGUGCCCUGCAUCGUGAAGCCUCCUGCCAGAACCUUUCUGCCUUCAUUCUCUCCCGGCUCCUUUAAUCGUUCUUUUGCAACCGUCAUGGAUUUCGCCCCCACGUUUCUCGAGCUGGCCGGUGUGGGCCUACCCUCUGCUUCGGAGAGAAGAAACCGGACAUGCCUGGGCAGAAGCACUGCUCCACGCAAAAUGACGACUUUUCGAGGGAGAAACGUGCACGUCAUCCGCGGAAUCUCGUGGGUGCCAUUUUUCUCCCGGGACGAAAGAGUGGAGGACAAUGAGAUGUGGGCAAUUCACUCGUCUUCUGAGCCUGUUGGGUGGGAGCUCUUUGCGCGUGGCGCAUUGCGGAAAGGGGAUUGGAAGAUUGUCCACUUCUCUAAGGAACGGGGAGGUGCAGGCGAAGGCGAUGAGGGCUGGGAGCUUUUCAACGUGGUUGACGACCCGGGAGAAACGAAAGACCUGGCCGAGACUGAGCCCAAAAAACUGCAAGAGCUGCUGGCUUGUUGGGAUGAGUAUGUAAGUGAGUGUGGCAUCGUAUGGGGACCAGUCGCAUUGGCUCCAGGGUUGGGGAAGGACGAUGCUCCAGAGCUGUGGGAAGAUGAGCUAGAAUUGCAAAAGUCGUGGAUGGGAGCUAGAGGAGGAGAAUGUCCUGUGCCUUGUCAAUGA